AUGAGGAACCGCUGUUCAAAGAGAGAGCGUGCGCUCGCGGGUGUUAGACAGCCUCCUACAGGCCGGUCCUCCUACAGGCCGGUCCUGCUGGGCCCGGCCCCGGGCCUGGAACCGGCCGGUGCACGCUCGCCUGUGCACCUCUACCAAAACAAUGAGAGGUGUCAGAUCCAAGAAGUUGAAACUAUACAUUUCCUGGAUAUUCAGAAUUCCCAGAGGCUGUGGAGCCACGUUUCAAACGGAGUCAUUACGGAGUCCAACAGUACUGGUUUCAGUGCUGAACGGGGGGGGCUUCCACCCACCGGGAGCAGCAGGGGAAGCGGGAGGUCUGUGACCCCCAGCAGGUCGUCCUCCUCCUCCUCCGCCCCCGCCGUGUCCGGCCCCCCCAGGCCGUUGGGGGCGGGGGCAGCAGCCGGGGUGGAGCUGAUGUUUUUGGGGGGCUCCGGGCGCGGGCUGCCAGCGGGGGCGGGGGCGGGGGGCGGGCUGGCCGUGCCCGGGGGGCUCUUGGCUGUGUUAGCGGGCCCGUUAGCGGGCGUUCCCUUUGACUCCUCCGGGGCUCUGGGCUUCUCCUCCAGCUCCUCCUCCUCCUCAUCGUCCGAGUCUAUGCGGUUGACCCGCUUACGGAUGGGCCGGUCCUCCUCUGAGGAGUCGUCCGAGUCCUCGGAGCGGUCCUCCUCAGACGCCCGCCGGCGCUUCAGCACCAGCCGCCGGCGCCGCGAGUCCUCCUCCGAGGAGUCGGCCGGCCUCCUCCGCCGGCCGGACUCCUCCUCAGAGUCUCUGGAGAAGCUGGCUGUGAAGAGAAAGCAGCCGCUCACUCACUGCCCCACAAACCCCACAGCUGCUGCUGCUCCUAAUGGGGAGGACUCGGAUGCCCACCAACGGCUCGGACUGACGGUUCUGAGCCUGGAUCCCUCUGCUGUGCAGAAACCAGGACAGAACCGCGUCCCCAUCACCGCUGGUCCACUGCUCUGA